AAUACUUAGGCCUAUUAUAUUACCAUCACUUUAUUUUAUUGAUAUAGUUGUUAUUACCAUAAUAUUAUUUUCAUCAUCAUUAAUAUUAUCACUCUCACUAUUGAAAAUUUUAAAGAGCUAGGGCCUGGCCUGCCUGUUGUUUGUCUAGUUUUUACAUUAAUUAGCCCCUGAAUUUAUAUUUACCGCGUUACUACACUGGCAACCAGGAUAAACAAAAUGGCAACACUAGCUCAGCCAACAAUGCACUCUUUGUUGUGACAGACCUCUGUGUGUUCAUACAUCGAAAAGAAAGCACAGUUAUUUUCAUCUUUUACUUACUGAAAAGCCAAUCACAAUUCAAAACUGGCAGGAAGAACGUCCAAAAUGUCUGGUAGCGUCUCUGUGGUGGCGUUUGAGGGGGAGUUGAAUGCCAUCGUCAAAGAGUAUUUAGACUUCAGUGGCUUUGACAGAACUUUGUCAACUUUUAUGGAAGAAUGUAAUGCAAAAGACAAGCCCAUCGCACCCCAGGAGACUCCAGCUUUUGGCAAUGAAAAGCUCAUGCUUGUUCAGAAUCAAAUGAUGGAGUUCUACCAUGAAGGCAAAGGUGAUCUUUUUCUCAAGCUGUGGAAUGAGUACCUGCCCACAAGCGUCAGAGAUUCAGACAGCGUAGCGCAAAAACUGGAGUUUUAUGUGAACAUUUACUUCGCUAUAUAUCCUGUCAAGUACAGCCAACCGCCGCCAGCCACAGAGGAGGCGAUGGGAAACUUCAAGAAGUUCAUUGAGAACAGAGGAUCGUCUCUGAGCCAAACAACAGAGUUCUUGCCCUUUUACGCACUUCCUUUUGUUCCAAACCCGAAGACGCACCCAUCUUACCGGGAACUGUUUGCUGAAUCUUGGAGCACCGAUCUGAAAACAAGAGUGGAAAAAUUCCUCACGCUUGCCCUCAAGUCCACACCACAGCCCAAGCUGUUUGAGAUUUACAGAGGUUCUGGCGCUGAAGGAAAAAAUCUGAAGCAACAGCUGCUAAUCAUGAACCAACAGGUGGCAGAGGCGGAGAGGAAAGCGUCCACCUAUGUCAAGAGACACUCAAAAGUGCAGACGGAUUAUCACAAUCUCAUCGGUAUAACAGCAGACCUGGUGGAUGCUCUGGAAGCGACGGUUCAAGGCAGACCAAUAGAUAUGAUUACACCAGAGUACCUACAACAGCUGUGUAACCGGCUCUUCACCUCCCACAUGAGGACCUCGGUGGAUCUGACGAGGCCAGGCACAGCAGGAGAAGCCCUGAGAGCGUCCGCAAUGCCCCCUCCUGUUCUGCCCCUGGCAGAGCCAGAAGAGACGUACCCACCACUGGACUUCAUACAGGUCAAAGCUCAGAUUACAGAUGCUCUGGACAGGAAGAAGGCACUGGUUCUUCAAGCUCUGAGAUGGAGGUUGACCCACACACGUGCCGUACAGAGAGACCAGAUCCUCAGUGCUUACAUACAGAACGACAUUCUUGGAUGUACCAACUCCGGACCCUACAGGGACACCAUCAUGAGUUUGCUGCUGCAGAGCUCGGAUGUGGUCAAGCAGUACCUAGCUCGUCUGUACAACGCUUGUGCCUCCAUGUGUGCUGGUCGUGGGUACUUAUCAGCAAACCCAGACUUGCUUCCAGCCUUGAUGGACAUCUUACGUGGGGAUGAGAAAGACCACAUCGCUCAGGAGAUGGUGCUGGGAGCCCUGCAGAAACUUAGCCUCAGACGUCAACUUCAGUCUGCUAUGAUUGAGCGAGGUGUGAUUGAGUGGCUGGUGGGUGUUCUGGAAGACAACGACUCUCUCUCCGACUACACGCUAGAAUAUUCUGUGGCCCUCCUCAUGAAUCUCUGCCUCAGGACUGCUGGCAAAAAAAAAUGUAUUGGGAAUUCUCACCAAACUCUCAAAGUACUGAGCGACCUCUUGGGUCACGACAACACUGAGAUUCGUCCCUAUGUCAAUGGAGCAUUGUACAGCAUCCUGGCUAUCCCGUCGAUUAGAGAAGACGCCAAGGCCAUGGGCAUGGAGGAAAUCCUAAGAUGCUUCCUUAAAGAUGACCAGCCUGAUAUGAACCGACAGAUUGAGUUUAUCAUCAAACAGCUCAACUCAAGUAAGAUUUGUGCAGCACAGUCUAAGUGA